CUGCUAAAGGAGGAGGGGCUGAGGAAUGAAUGAUUGAACUAUUGAGGGCAAUCUGGAGCAGAAGACAGCGGCCGAGCCCGGGGCGCGGAGGCGGAGCCCCGGUCGGACACGACUGCCAGAAUUGGCCGGGGGUCCCACGGCCAUCAGUGGCCAGGCCCCUAACCCUCGCCUCAUUCGUCGCCCCGCCCACCGCGGGUCGGACGCCUGCGCCUUCAGCGCGUUUAUUCUGGCUGCGCCAGUGCGGGUCUGACUCAGCAUCCGCAGACCCACCGAGGAUCUGACCCGCUCCCGAAAACUUCCACGCCGUCGUCCCACAGUCAAGGAGACGCGGGAGCCACAGGCUGAACCGGCCAUCCGACAGACCCUCCCGCCGGGAAAGCUUCCCGGGGCAGGGGGCGGGGCUAAGGGAAGUGGCCGGCCGCCGUCUGCUGUUCGCUGUUUAACGGCUGACGGGAAAGAGAAGCCCGAGCUCUGGCAGCGCCGCGGGGCGGCAGUCACGACCUGAGCCGGGGCCGCUGCUAGCCUCCAGACGAGCCACAAGCCAGGAGAACCGGCCGCAGAGCGGAGGGGCGAGACGCCCGCUGGCCUUCUGAUCUCGUCCUGUCGCGGGGCUCCAUGGAGAUUCCCCUCCGGGACACUGACGAGGUCAUUGAACUUGACUUCGAUCAGUUACCGGAGGGAGAUGAAGUUAUCAGUAUUCUGAAACAGGACCACACACAACUGCACAUAUGGAUUGCUUUGGCGAACCAUUUGUUGGGAAGAGCCUGCUUCUGCCUACUUGAAGGUGACAAAAUGGAUCAGGCUGAUGCGCGGUUUCAUUUUGUACUCAACCAGUCUCCAAAUAAUAUCCCAGCCCUUCUUGGUAAGUCAGUUUUGGCAACCAUCUUAGGAAACUAUCUUUCAUCAUAUGCCUGGAACAAACCAGAGAGUCCUAAAGGAGCUGUUUUGUGUGAAGAAGUCAAGGCUGAGCUAUAG